AUGCUGGGAAAGGUUGAGAAGAUCAGAGGUCGAGACCCAGACCGGUGGCAUCGAGACGCUCUUGGAAACACCGUGUUCUGGAAGCUCGUCGGUUGCCCAGGUUGCCUCUGUCAUGAUUAUGAUCACAUCGUGCCUUACUCUAAGCCACGUGGCUUUAUACCAUUGGAUGUGUGGGCUCCACACGUGCCAUGUCAGCAAUUUAACAGAAAAUUUGACGGAAGCUAA